AUGUCUGAUGGAGACUAUGAUUAUCUCAUCAAGUUUUUAGCCUUGGGUGACUCUGGAGUUGGGAAGACCAGCUUGCUUUACCAGUACACAGAUGGCAAAUUUAACUCCAAAUUUAUCACAACAGUGGGCAUUGAUUUCAGGGAAAAGAGAGUGGUGUACAGAGCCAAUGGGCCAGAUGGAGCAGCUGGCAGAGGCCAGAGAAUCCAUCUGCAGUUAUGGGACACAGCAGGGCAAGAGAGAUUUCGUAGCCUGACGACGGCAUUCUUCAGAGAUGCUAUGGGUUUUCUUCUCCUUUUUGAUCUGACCAAUGAGCAAAGUUUUCUUAAUGUCCGAAACUGGAUAAGCCAACUCCAAAUGCAUGCAUAUUGUGAAAACCCAGAUAUAGUGCUCUGUGGUAAUAAAAGUGACCUGGAAGACCAAAGAGUAAUAAAGGAAGAGGAAGCCAGGGAACUUGCUGAAAAAUAUGGAAUCCCAUACUUUGAAACCAGUGCUGCCAAUGGCACCAACAUAAGCAAGGCAAUUGAAACGCUCCUGGAUCUGAUUAUGAAACGAAUGGAACGAUGUGUGGACAAGUCUUGGAUUCCAGAGGGAGUAGUGAGAUCUAAUGGCCACAACUCUCCUGAGCAUUUAAAUGAAAACAAAGAAAAGGGUGGAUGUGGCUGCUAAAAGGUCAAGUGAACUGCACAGA